UUCCCCUGAAAAUAAAUAGUAUUUUCUUAACUUUAUUUUUGAUCUCCAGUUCUUUUCUUAAAUUUAACUUGAGUCUAGAAUUAAUGAAACUGACUGAACUUAAUUACAGUACAAAUAGCUGAACUUAAGUUCAGUAAAUGCUGUUGUUAAAAUAAGAUUUUUUUCUAAACCUUACCUUAACCUUAGCCUGCCCUUAGUGCUGAGACUUGAACUUAAGCUUGAGUCCAGUUUUAUUAACUUUAGGCUCUUUGUUUCAUCACGUGUUUAUAUUAAAGAUUACAUGAUAAGACUGUUAUAUGAAUUCUUCCUGUAAUGACUAGAUAUUUAUGUAUUUAAUUUUGAUAGUAAUAGUGUUUGACUACAGAUGUUUACCUUUAAUCUAUAUUUCAGACCUAGUUCACCGAGAAAAUGGACGGACAGACAUUUUUUCAGACAAUUUUACGAAGCAAAUCUUCAAAUGCACCCAUACAAUUCAGUGGAAGUGACGAAACUAACAGUUUUCCAGUGAAAGGAAGUGAGGUUUCCAUUGUUGGAAGUGCUGGUGACCAUGAGGUUGGAUCUUCUAAACUACAUAUCAGAGAUAUUAUUAAAUUCAGCUGGGAGCACAGAUACUAUCCUGGACAGCUGGUUUGCCAUCAUAUAUCCGGAGAGUAUAUUGCCUACGCUAUCAUUACUCCGGGUAUAAGCCAGGGUAUGGUGAGAGUUAUGAACAGAAACACAGAAGAACGAACUCUCAUCAAGGGAAUGAAGGGCGCCGUGGUGGACGUGAGCUUCGCGCACGUGAAGGAGGACGUGGUGGUGGGUUGUGUAGAUGAGCAGGGGAACCUGUUUGUUUACAGGAUCAGUGAGUCCUCCUCAGGUCUUCAACAUGAACGAGUUCUCUGUGUUCUCCGGGAUAAACCUCUUCAUACAGAGCAUAGACUGAUCUGGUGUCCGUAUAUGAAAGUAUGUGAAGAGGACGAGGAUGAUGAAGAUGAUGUAGAGAGCUCUGCUCGUCUUCUCGUCCUCACACACGGAGACGACUGUGAGGUGUGGCACGUUGAUACAGUUGUGGAAAAACAUGGAACCGGACCUCUCAGACCAGAGGAUGUAACUGACGGAUUAUUAAAAAUUCCCGAAGCUGGAGGCAUCAUAACAGACGCGGCAUUUUCUCCUGAUGGGAACGCUCUUGCUACUGCAUCCAAGGACGGCCAAGUCAAGUUCUUCCAGGUUUACAUGAAAGGGGAAGAAGAUCCACGGUGUUUACACCAAUGGUCUCCUCAUGGUGGAAAACCGGUUUCUAGUCUUCUCUUCCUGGACGACCACUCAGAGUAUCAACCCAACGUGGCGUUCUGGAAAUAUGUCAUUACCGGCUGUGAUCAUAACAGUGAACUUAAGAUCUGGUCCUGUGAAACUUGGAGCUGUCUUCAGACAAUCAAGUUUCAGUCCCAUGGGGCGGAUUCAACAGAACCUAGACUCAAGAUAGCUCUGGAUUCUACUGCCAGGUAUCUCCUGCUCUCUGAUAUUGACAGAAACCUGCUCUAUGUUCUCUCGGUUGAGUUCCCUUCUGAAUCUCUAAACGAAGAUGCAUCUGUAGUGUCAGUCUCCGAGUUCCCUACACCCGCUCCUCUCCUCUCAUUCUGCUGCAUCUCUGCUGGGAAAAAGCAGGUUGCUAUGGGUGAGGAUGGGGUUACAGUACAAGAGAAUGGAGGAUCUGUGGGCAGUAAGGAGAAAACUGUAAUCAAACUCUGCUUUGUUCAAACCAAACAUCUCCAGGAGUGUUCAAUCAUCUUCGACGACGCUGCCAAAGCAGCUCUUCCCAAAUCCUUCCCUGUUGCUCCAGUACCUGUUCGAGUACCCGGAGAGAUGAACGGAGACGGUUUCCCUUCUCCUCUGAACCCUGUCCUGGCAAGUAGUCCUAAGGAGAAUCCCAAUUCUAGCAGUGACGAUCUCGCUGAAGCCGCGAGCAAAAUAAAUCUCAUCUCAACCAACAAGUUUAAACCCCUCUCCUCCCUUCCACCUCCUGACAUUGUAAAGAAAGAAGAAGUUACCAUUGAACUAGACAAUGAUGACGACGAUGACGGAUCUGAAUAUGACGACGGUGUUGUCCCAACACUUGAAAAGGUGUCUCAAGAAAAGGAUUUUGUCUCCGGUAACUCAAGUCCUAGCCGAGAGGUUGCCACUAUCCUCUCUACAGAUGAGAGAAGGUUUGAGCCUGAAUCUCCCGCCGACAACACAAUACAAGAAUCUCCAUCUCCUGACUUCCACUCUACCAAGAUAAACUUGAAUACAAGUGGAACAAUAUUUCCUAAUCCUCCCUCUGUAACCCUCGCCACUGCUAUGACAGGCUCACUGGCCAAGAUGGUCCCUGUACCCCUCACCCUUGACGUCCCUGUAGCCAAUUCUCAGCCCCUAGAUAUUGUUGUAAAGGAUCUACAAAAAGAAAUAUAUAAUCUACGCCACGAGAUCUCCGGUUUAAACAGAACAGAACAAAUAGCUGCACAGAUAGAAGCUCAACUAGCAACCAGGCUUGAUGCUGCCGUCAACAGGACUAUAUCCGUCAGUCUAGCUAAGAUGGAGCAGAACAUGAAGAAGCAGGAGGAGAUAAUGAUCAACUUCAUGGCUAAAUCUAUCACAUCGAAAUGUGAUCAAAUUCUGAGUAUUGAGCUGAAGCGCAAUGUUGCCGAGACAGUAAACCGUGCUCUGGAACCUCUCAAGGCGAGGAUUGACUCUCAGAUUGGACACAAGCUUUCUAACGCAGAUCAGGUGGUUCGAGAGAGUGUUUACAAGAUCGUGAGUAAUCCCGGCUUUCAAGAUUCUAUCUCUAAGAAUGUCUCCAAGUCCCUCCAGCCUGUGAUUGCUGAAAGCUACCGUGAGGUGCUCCAGGCUAACCUACCAGGAAUGGAGAGAAUGAUGAAACAGAUUCUCUCUAACAUGAACGAAACUUUCCUGGCCGGAACUAAGGAGUAUACUGCCGAGCUCCGGGGUAGACUGGAAGCAUCAGAGGUUGCUCAGAGAGACGAAAUCUCACCGUAUCUCAGGGAUAUCAUGAAGAGUCUUGGUAAUCUUUCAGCCAGUCAGAGUAAACUCAGUAACCAGGUUUCUGAAAUAAAUACUCGAAAUGAGAAGGAGUUACCUAAAAGUAUUGCAAAGAUGAUCCGUAGUGAGGUUCGAGCUGCUUUAUUGGAUCAGGUUUCCGUGUCUCCGGGACCUAUCAAACCCAACAAUCUUCAUGCUGAUAUUAAAUUUAUAAAGGAGAUGGCGAGCACAGGAAACUACAACGAGGCCUUUAAGAAAGCGCUGAGCUUGAACGAUCUGUCCAUGGUUAUGCUGGCCUGUCAUUCCGUCAACCCCGGGCAAAUGUUCGGUCAAGAGACCUGUCCUCUCAACCAAUCGGUCAUUCUCUCUCUUAUUCAACAGCUUAGUUGCAACCUACAGGAGAAAACCGAGCUGAAGCUGGCGUACCUGGAGGAGGCAGUUCUUCAUCUAGAUAAAAACAACUCUAUUACCAAGGCUCACGCCCCCUCCAUGCUGAACCUACUGAAGGCCUCCAUCCAGACCUACACCAAGGAGACCCCAAACAGCAAGCACGCCAGGAACUUCAAGACCUUGGAGAUGGCAGCUGCGGGAUUUAUUCAUGAGAUCCAGUAGAUCUACAAUCUUGAGUAAAUAUCUCCAGUAGAUCUUCAAUCUCAAGUAGAUCUACAAUCUCCAGUUGAUUUACAAUCCCCAGUAGAUCUACAAUAAAUCUUCACCAUUUUGGAAGACACGGAACACAAUAUUUAUAAAAGCCGACUUUGUUAAAUUUGACCCCCGACCUUUUACUAAAUACGAUCAUUUAAACCCUGAUUUCCAUCAGAAUAGAAUACUUAUACUCAUUACUCAUAUCAGAUCCCGGUGUACACGCGUACAAUUCUGUACAUACAAAGAUACUAAUAGAAUAACAAUUAUGUACAGCGGCCAUUUAUUUCAUGUACACUUUAUACAAAGACAUAACCUGUACCGACUCGACAAUUAUUUUUUAUUGUCUCUCCAAGUUAGUUACUGCAUGACAUAUUGUAUUCAUGCUGAUUUUUAGUUUAUAAAGAAAUCCUGCAGUUAACGCUCUACGGUACGUGAGCUUGCUCCACAUAUAUUAUUCAUGCCAGCAUUUUAUAUUCGUUCAUUUGUUAAAUAAAGUAAUACAAAAAUAUUUGUAUAAUUCAA